AUGUCUCAGAGAGGAGGAGGAGGAGGAAGAGGGAGAGCAAGUCAUGGACGAGCAUCACAAAAACAGUCAAGUUCCAUGCACCAGCAGGAACCGCAACAGCAACUUCCACAUGCUCAGGCAUCAACGAGUACUGGAGCCAUUCGCAGACCAGGACAAUCUACUACACAAUCGAGUACCGGACGGGGUGUAAUACAACGUGUUGGUGAAAAAGGCGAUAGUACAGGAGUUGGACAAAUAGGUAGAGGAAUGGAAAAGCUCAGUAUUCAACCUACUACUGGUGGCAGUGGUGAUGCUGGUGCCGCCGGUCCUGUAGCUGUUGUGGCAUCUGGUAGAGGUGCAGCUCGCGGCAAAAGAAUCUUACCCGCAGAUAUUUUUGUGACAAAACCAAGUCAUGUAACGAAUAAGAAAGGCACGUCUGGUUCUCACAAAGUAAUAACAGUAAAUUACUUCAAAGUACUUAAAGCUACUGAUUGGGCUCUUUAUCAGUAUCGUGUUGAUUUUUCACCCGAAGAAGAUCGUACGAUGGUGCGUAAAGGUUUACUGAAAAUACAUCAAAAGAAAAUUGGUGCGUAUAUCUUUGAUGGCACUGUAAUGUAUACAAGUCGCCGAUUAUCUGACCGAAUGGUAUUUACUUCAACUCGACAAUCGGAUGAACAGCAUAUAACAAUUACUGUUCGUCUUGUGGGUGAUAUGUUGGUUGGAGAUGCCCACUACAUUCAAUUCUUUAACAUAAUUAUGAGAAAAUGUUACGAGCACUUAAAGCUAAAAUUGAUCGGUCGUAAUUAUUUUGAUCCUAAUAGUAAAAUUAUCUUGCCGGAACACAAAUUAGAAUUGUGGCCAGGAUAUGUAUCAUCUAUCCGUCAACAUGAGCGAGAUAUUUUGAUGUGUGUCGAGAUAACAAAUAAAGUUAUGAGAUUGGAAACCUUGGGAGAUAUUCUGAAUAGCUUAUAUCAUCAAGAUAGAAGCAGAUUCAGAGAAAAUUUCUGUAAUGCUGUAAUCGGAACUGUAGUUCUUACCGAUUAUAACAACAAUACGUACCGCAUUGAAGACGUAGAUUUCUCAGCUACUCCUAGCAGCACAUUUCCUUUGAAAAAUGGCGAAAGUAUAACAUAUGUAGACUAUUAUAAAAAAAAAUAUGAUAUCAGGAUUUCGAAUCCUGGACAUCCAAUGUUGGUGACGAGAUCCAAAACGAGAGAUCGACAAGCUGGAGAGGCAGAGCGUGUUUAUUUGGUGCCUGAACUCUGUCGAACAACAGGCUUGACUGACGCUAUGAGAGAAAAUUACAAACUUAUGUCAAGUUUGGCUGUUGAGACACGUCUUCACCCUGGAAAGCGUAUUGAAAAAUUAUUAAAGUUUAAUAAAAGGCUUUGUAAGGAACCUGCUAUCGCGCAAGAAUUAUCCGAGUGGAACUUACAGCUAGAUGACAAGUUGCUCCAAAUUCCUGCGCGGCAAUUACUUAAUGAGAAAAUCUUUUUCGGCGGAGACGUAUUUACCAAUAUCGAACACGGUGAUUGGACGCAAGCUAUGAUAAAUAAGAAAUGUGUAAUUUCUCCAAGAUUAAUGGAGUGGGUCUUUGUGAUUUCGGAAAGGGAUAGAGGUUGCGCUGAGGGUUUUAUGACAACUUUAUUGAAAGUAUCAGCAGGCAUACAAUUUCAAGUGGAAAAACCAAAAUAUGAAUAUAUUCGUGAUGAUAGACCAGGCACAUAUAAUGAAAAACUAGAACAAAUUCUAAGCAAACGAGUACCACAAUUGAUAUUUUGCGCGGUAUCAAACAAUCGCAGCGAUCGCUACUCUGCUAUCAAGAAAAAGUGCUGUGUAGACCGGCCUGUGCCAUCACAGGUUUGCUUGACAAGGACGAUGACGCACAAAAACAUCAAGUCUAUUUCAACAAAAAUAGCAAUACAAAUGAGUUGUAAAUUGGGUGGGGCACCGUGGUAUGUGGAUAUUCCGUUAGAAGGGCUAAUGAUUGUUGGAUUUGAUGUUUGCCAUGAUACAACUUCGAAGAAAAAAGAUUUCGGUGCUACAGUAGCGACUUUGAAUAGACGCAUGACACAGUACUUCAGCGCGGUAAACGUACACGAAACGGGCGAGGAAUUGUCGAAUGAUCUCUGUGACAACAUCUGCAAAUCUGUACAAGCGUACUAUGCGCUAAACAAAACUCUACCGGAGCGCAUUGUCAUUUAUCGCGACGGCGUCGGUGAGGGUCAAGUUCCACAGGUUAUGGAUCGAGAAGUCGAGCAAGUAAGAAAGAGGCUCAGUGGAUUGUACGGUGGCCCGGAUAAAUACAGAAUGGCAUUUAUAAUAGUCACGAAGCGACUGAAUACACGUUUCUUUGAAAAUAAUAACAAUCCGGAACCGGGCACAAUAGUUGACGACGUGAUCACAAGUCCGAUUAAAUACGAUUUCUUCAUCGUGUCGCAGAAAGUGCGGCAAGGAACAGUAACACCCACUGCCUACAGCGUUAUUUACGAUAAUCUAGGUAUGAAUCCUGACAAGAUACAACGUCUGACAUAUAAAUUGACACAUAUGUACUACAAUUGCUCAAAUACCGUUAGAGUACCGGCGCCCUGCCACUAUGCCCACAAAUUAGCAUUUUUGGUGAGUAAGUUCAUUCACCGGGCGCCGGAUACACAGUUACAAAACACAUUGUAUUUCUUAUAA